AUUUCCCGGAAGUGCCAUGUGAAACAGAAACGAGAAUCAGAGAAAAAUUUGGAUUUCUUACACUAUAUUUGACUGUGGUUGAGAGAACAGAAAUGUAUAAAGUUAAACCGUUCUAUGACGCCGAUGUUGCAAUUUCAACUCCCACUAAUAUGUAUAAAAUCCAAAAUUUACACCAAGCAGAAAAAGGUGUAUCCAUAAUGGAUGACAUGGGUGAUUUGGAUCCAGUGGCAGCUUUGGAAAGGCGACAAGAAGUCAUACUUCAGAGGCUGAGGGGAUUGGAGACUGUUCUACAGGGUCUGAAAGAUACAUAUAAAACCUCUGCAAUGCCACCUAAUAGCUCCGGCUCUAAAAGUGUGAAAAGAUCAACUGGAAAACCAGUGGAUCUAGGUGAUGGUGUCCUGGAUUUAGUGAUCAGUGCUGAUCCGGAUCAGGUUCCGUACUCCAUAUUUGUGAUGUUCCAGCUUCUCCAGGAGAAGUUCCGAGUCCGGGGCUCUACUCACGUCCACUCCAGUGUGACUUCCAAGUGUGCUACCAAUCUUUUUCCUUCAGGUGACGGUAGAUCUGAUUACCAAAUAAUCCUGACUCUGAUCUGGAAGAAAGUACCAAAUGGUCCAGAAUUGAUGGUAAAUCCUUCCAAGCAGUCGGCCAUACAAGGGGAGGUAAACAUCGUCCGCUACAUUAGGCGUCUCCUGGACUCUACAGCAGAGGCAGAAGAUCCAGCUACCAUGGCAACUUGUGAUGAGGUGUUAGAUUUGGUACAACUGCGAAUAAUUGAUGGAAAUAACAAAGAACGGGAUUCCGCCUUGCGGACUCUGAAUUCUAGGCUUGGGAGGACCUCCUGGCUGGUCGGCGACUCUGUGUCCUCGGCUGAUAUCGCCGCUUGGUCUGGCAUUAACCAGUGUAAACUUUCAGCAGACCUGCCUGGCAAUGUAAAGAAGUGGUUCAAAGCCUGUGAUAACAACAUCAUGUUCCAAGCUGCCAGGAGGGUGCUACUCUAGUAUUGACUAGUUUUGUCUGAACUGUCCCUCAAAGUGCAUGUGCUUAAUUAUGUUUGAAUUGAAUAAAUGCUUUUGAUCAUGUU